CGUAACAGCUGUUAGUUGGAUUGAAAACAAACAAAAUAAAUAUUUGUUGAUUUAAUUUAAUUGUAUUAAAUAUGGAUUAUAAUAUUCACAAAAUCUGUCGCGUUUGCCUGGAGGAGGUGAAUCCCAUUUCGGUGACUUCCAUUUAUAGCACAGAUUUUGCUAUGAUGCCCUCGGUAAUGCUGAUGCAGUGUGCCAAAAUUCGAGUUUACAAAACCGAUGGCCUGCCUUCGGUGAUCUGCAACAAUUGUAUCUACCGGCUGGGAGUGGCCUUCCACUUCAAACAGGAAUGCGAAAACAGUGAUAUUCGAUUGCGCCAGUAUCUGGGCAUCCUCGAAUCGUGGCGCCAGGAUGCUGCCACCAACACGGAUUUCGUGGAGAAGCCAUCCAUCAUGCAACGCGAUAGCGACGAGGAGGAGCAGGUGGAUACGAAAGUGAGCAAGAGACGAUCGCGCUAUCAAAGAAAGCCCCCAGAGGAGCACAAGAAAAGGGGACCGAAGCCAGUGGCAAAGAUGCCGCACACCUGCUACGAGUGCCACAAGAGCUUCAAGUGCAUCGCCCAGCUCACACAGCACAUUCGGACCCAUACGGGGGAGAAGCCCUAUCAGUGCACCUACUGCAUACAGAGAUUCGCCCAGAAGUACAACCUUAAGGUGCACGAAAGGACCCACACGGGGGACAAACCCUUCCAGUGUGAAAUCUGCUCCAAACAGUUCUCCGCUCUGGGGAAUUUCCAAGCCCACCAAAAGAUCCAUGUGGGGGUGAGGGAUCAGAUUUGUUCGCUGUGUCAAAAAGGCUUCUAUACCGCUGGAGAUCUUUCUAAGCACAUGCUAACCCAUACGGGCAUCAAGAACCACCACUGCGAUGUUUGUGGCAAGGCAUUCAGCCGGCGCAGAGACAUGCGGUCCCAUAAAUUAAAGCUUCAUCCGCUGGAGUCCAGUACGAGUCAUGAUAUAGUGGAUGACGAUGAUGACGAGGCCAUCGAUACCGAUCCUGUGGGCUUGGACACCUUGGAUCAUGCCCCCUUCAAGUGUCCCGAUUGCGACAAGGCUUUCGACACGGCCGAUAACCUUAGUUUGCACUUCCGCACACAUGCGGCGAACAACAACCUGCUGAAUCUUCCGCUGCCACCAGCACCGCCCAUGUCGCAUCACUACCAUCAUGAUGCACUGCAUCACCUGGGACCGCCGAAUCCCGCCACCCAAAUGGGAAUGGCUGCCAUGGCUCAUAUGCUAGCACCACCGCCACCUCCGCCGCCCACGCCUAGUGACGGACGUUAUACAAUGCUGCAUCACACGGCGGCCCAGAGAUUGCAUUAUUAAAGUAUUAUUAGUUACUAAUAUUAUUUAUAUUAGUUAUUAAGAUAAAUAUAUAAAUGGACCUCUGUUUUCCUGUUUUUUGUUUUAAAUAUGUCUCUGCCUUUUUAGGUUUCUAAUAUUGAACACUUUUAUUUUCUUUCGUCUAUAAUAUUUACGUUUAAAAUGGAAUAUUUCUUGUCAUGUCUGCUUCUUUUACAUAUCUUUACAAAUAAAUACAUGUAUGUAGAAAUUUGGCAAGCACAGCUUCUAUAAAGAUUAUUGCUUAAAUGCAAGAACUAAAAUCCCUAUCCGCACACAUACCGCAUGCAUUGUCUUCUAUAUAAAAUUGUCAUUUUACUUUGUAUAUAAACUUAGCUUGAUUUGUGUUUUUUGAGUGUAAAAAAUUGUCGUAUCUCAAUAUUGGUUUGUUUGGUAUUGGUAUGCAUCGUUGGUAUCGGCUUGAUCCAGUUUGUGAAUAUGUCUAUAAAAGCUCCAAAA